AUGCCUUCUAAAAAUAAAGCAAAGGGGAUCUCUAAAAGGAUGAAGAAGAUGCAAGAGUUUGAGAAGCGGUUGCAGGAGAGAGAUUUUGAGCGGGCCUUUUUUCGGGAGUUCUGGCCAGAUAAUAUUUGAUAGUUGCAUCAUUUCACUUGUACAAUGCUUGUAUAUGUAUUUGUUACUUUUCUGGCAUUGUAUUCUAUAUUUUUAAAGUUUGUCAAUCA